ACAUCCAUGUGAGAGAGAAAUCGUAAACAUACAAGUCAUACUAUUUUGACCUUAGCAACUUUCAAAAUACGACAAACGGAAUGAAAUAUCAUAUAACAGUCUGAUAUUAACAAGGUGAAAUAGUAUUGUUGUCUAUUAGAGACUAUCAUAUUACCAUUUGGCGAAUUCUUUAUGUUACAAUCACAAAUUAUGCGAGAAAAUGUUUUGAAAAAUAUCGUGGGAGUGGGAUAAUAAAAAUAAUUAAAAAUACUAAAUUUAGUUAAUACCGGUACUAAGACUAAGUUAUAAUUGUCAUUGUUUUAUAUUGAUAAUUGAGUCUACGAGGCAGCAGAUUGUUUUAUAUUGAUAAUUGAGUCUACGAGGCAGCAGAUUGUUUUAUAUUGAUAAUUGAGUCUACGAGGCAGCAGAUACCUUGUCUACAGUGAGUCGAAUUUGCCUCAGUGUUCAUUGACUAUAUAGUACAGUCAAUAGAACUGACAAACAUUGUUCAUUCAAUUCAUUCAUCAUUGUUACUAAUUUUAAUUAUUGCAAUUCAAAGGAAUAUUUGUAAACUCCCACUGAAAAGUGUCCCCCAUUCCAUGACGGCUUGGUGUAUUCAAGUUGUUUCAUUAAGGAAACCCACAGCAGAAGAAUCCAAGUAAAAGUAUACACACAGUACCAUAAUUGAAUGUAAUUGUAAAGCAGUGCUGCAUUCUUUCAUCAAUAACAAUGCAAGGCUCUUUGCAACUUUCUCUCCAUAGUGAUCAUAGGUCCGUAAUUAUUCUUGUUUAGCUUAUGCCCUUCUUAGGCACUGCAUCGUCGAGGGUUCCCACUCGAUGGGGUUAAUUUCUACAUCAGGUUUGAGUAGAGGAACGACGACGACAAUCCAGGCUGUCCAUGAUGUACAAGAUAAAUAAUGGGCUGGUCCACUGUUCCAGUAUUAAACAGAAACUUGUCCCUCUCCCCCAUAGACAGCGACGAGGCCAUGACAGGCAAUUCAGGCUCAUACCAGCAAGAAGCCAGUAUAGAAGCUGCUCAUUCCUGCCCAAGACAAUCAGGACUGGAACAAUCUUUCAAAAGGAACGGUUGAAGCGACAACACUAGACACAUUUGUGUCUAUUGUCUCAAGCCUUCAAACCCCUAGUGCAUGAUAUUUUAUCAGUGAAAUUUCCUCAUCAACACCAAGAACAGAAACAUUGCAAAUCCCAUCUACAUGCAUAGGAGCCAAAAUGAUCAAUAAAUUGAUCGUGGGCCCUUAAGAUUUAGAAGAAGAAGAAGAGUGCAUACAAAUACAGUCAAAUUCAUCUGCAUACAUUCCGAUUCCAAGGCUAAUUUUGUGUAUUUACUGACCAGAAAACUGUUUUUCACUCAAGGAAAUCGGCAAAGAAAUAUGAAGUUGUAUCAAAUUUUCUUAUGAUCAAAACCAUUAAUUCUUGGGCCUUGGGGGGUUCAAGUGAUUUUAACUUUAUUGAAAUAUUAAUUUAAUUAAUUUAUAUGUCUGUUUUUGUUUUUUUUUCUUUAGGUUUCUACUUUUAUAAUAAUGUCUAAUUAUAACAUUUACCAUACUCAAUUUUUUGCAGUUGUUCAAAAUUUAUAAGUCACAGCUUCUGUGGUGAUACCCUACCCGCUACCCCUCAGACGCCAUCAGGUAAUUUAAAUCAUUGUUUAUUUAUUUCAAUAAAUUAGUUAGGCCUUGGACUUAGAUUAUUUCAGUUUAUAUAUUUUCUAGAGCAAUAAAAAUUCUAGAAUGAUUUAGAUAAUUUAAUUAUUUCUUUUAAAUUGCAUACAGGCCUAAGAGUCUGCUUUACUUUAAAUGUUUAUUUUUUUAGAAUUUUUAUUUUGUGACAACUAUUUCUAGGAAUCAAAAUGACUGCCCAGCCACAAAACUUACCACCACAGAUGCAGGUGGAUGCUAUGUCUACAGGAUCUCAGGUGUGAAAUCAUUUUAAUUCAUAUAAUAUCGUUAUCUAUUUUAUUUACCAUUAACCAUUAUUCAAAUAAUAUAUAUAUUUCUAAUAAAAUAUAACAGAAAGUUUAUGGCAUUAAUCUAAUUUUAAGUGUUGUAUCAAUACAUUUGUAAAAAAAAAAAAAAAAAAUCAAUCCUUUACUUCUCAGAUUCAUUUCAGUAAAUUAUUGGGAGCAAAAUAUAUUUUAUUUACCAUUAACCAUUAUUCAAAUAAUAUAUAUAUUUUUAAUAAAAUAUAACAGAAAGUUUAUGGCAUUAAUCUAAUUUUAAGUGUUGUAUCAAUACAUUUGUAAAAAAAAAAAAAAAAAUCAAUCCUUUACUUCUCAGAUUCAUUUCAGUAAAUUAUUGGGAGCAAAAUAUAUGUGUUCAAGUUUUCAUUACUACAAUUUAAUUUUUUUCAGAAAUAUCAUUUUUGAAGUAAAAAUAUUUAAACACUAUUUGGAAUAUAAAUAUUAUUUCUAUUUGGGGUAACAAUUUUGAUGUUUUAAAAGUUUAUGCUUUUUUUUUCCUUCUGAAUUUAAAAGUAGAUUACAUUAUGGCAGUUCACAAGUUUAUGCAUUUUAAAAUAUUUUCAUUAAGUUCCGAGAGUUCUUGAGCCAAUACAACAAAAUUACAGAGCAGUGCUUCAUGGCAUGUGUUCAUGAUUUCACUACAAGGAGGGUAAUAAAUGCAGAGGUUAGUUGAGUGAUUUAUGAGUUAUAUAUGGACAAAUCAACACAAUAAAAAGAAAAUAAUUAAUUUUCAGGUAAAUUUACAUCCCCCGACUACUUAUUUCCCUGUGUUUUUGCAAUACUUUCUUUUUACAUUGCCACCAUAUUUGUUGCCAUGAUGAUAGAUGUGUCUUAGCAACAAAUAUGCUGUGUUUUUUAAAAAAAAUAGGGCAAAAACACAUUUGGUAAAUGUGGGGGUGAUGUAUUUUUUAGCUUCUUACUGAGAGAGAAUGAGAAUAAGGAAUGUUAUGAGAAUAGGUUAUUUUUAAAAGGGAAAACAUUGAAAUAAAGAGGGUUUUUUUAAAGUUGGUGGUGGAAAAAGUGAAAAAGUUAACUUUUUUUUUUUUAAAUUACGCUAAAAAUAAGCACCAAAAUAAUAUGCAAAUGUAAUGGAAUAAUUUUUUGAGAAAAAGCUUUAGUCGUAAAAUCUACAACUCUAACUAACCUGAGUGUAAAUUCACCCCUAAAUUUAUUCCCCCCAGAGCGUAAAGCUUCAAACCUAAAAUCUAAUACCUAUCGUGAACUCUAAAAAUAUGUGUCUGUGUGGAAACAGUUGUACACUUUACUGAUAAUAUCAUGAAUUUGAAUAAAAAGAUUUAAAUAAUUUUUUUUUAAAAUUAAAAAUAAUGAAAACCCAACUUACAGUUUCAUCGAAUAUACUUUUACACACUUUAUGAAUCAAAAAGAAAAGUCGAAAUCCAUUUUUCAAAAUGAUCUGACAAACACACAGACUCAGACCAAAUAGCCUUGUUUUUAAAUAUUAUAAUUAAUCGCCCUAUGAAAUACUAUUUUAAAAAAGCCUUCUAUCAAAAACAUUCAUUCCAUUGGCGUAUUGAUUUAUAGAAACAUGAUGAUUUUUUCUAGUAACAAAAAAAACGACUAAACUAAGUGGAAAGAAUUCUACUCAGAAACUCAGUGUGGUGCAGAGAACAUUAAUUUAACAAUUCUUAUGGUAAUACAGUUGUAGAUUGCAUGAAAAUCAUUAUACACAUUAUUGGAACUUAAGUUUAACAUUUUUUGAACAAUAAUAGUUAAAUCUGAAAUAUUUUUAAAAAAUGUGAAUUUUUUUUUUUUAAAUUAUGAUUUUUAAAAUAAAUAAAAAUAUAUAAAAAAACAUUUACCUCCUAGAUUGACUUACCGUAUAUCAGUAUGAACAUUAAGUUAAAACCAAUUAUUCUGAGUAUUCAGCUGAAGUAAAUUGAGAUCUUGAAAUUAUUAUUAAUUAAAGCUCCACUGAAUUCCGGUACUCAUAUUUUUUUUAAAAUUGUUUUUUAAACAAUUCCUUAAUUUUAAAAAUUUGUCCCAUUUAUUUUUAACUCAUUUGAAUUUUUAUAAAAUUUUUUAAUGUUAAUUUUUUUUAUUAUUUUUUGUUGAGUUGUUUAUUUAAGUAGUUGGUUAUAAGUUUUGGUAAAAUAUCUGUUUUUCCCCUUCCAUCCAGUAAUAAUAAUCUUUUAAAGCAAUUAUUUUCUAAAUAUAAGUUUCGAAAACUAAGGAAUAAAAUAUUCAAAUAUAGAGCCAUUUUUGUUUUCAGAACUCUUGCGCCCUGAACUGUUUAGAAAAAUACAUGAAGAUGACCAACAGAAUUUCUCAGAGGUUUCAAGAGCAUCAGAUGGUAACCAAUGAUGCAUUAGCCGCAGCUUCACAAAAGAACAGUUAACCCAGGCUUGUGUGUGUUAACGUUUUAGUGAACUGUAGUCAGGGAACAUUACAUUUUGAUGAUAUGAUUUUUUAAAAAUUCUUUGAAAUAAAACUAUUUUGAUAAAAAUAGACCACAUACAAUUCAGGCAUUUUAUUUGAUUCAAAUAAAUUGUUUUUGGUUAUGAAAACCCUGGAAAAGAAGAAACUAAGAUAAGUUUUUUUUUAAACUAUAAAUCUUUAUAUAAGUUGCAGUUGGGUGAUGAAUAAAGAUCAAUUUUAUCUCUUAACAGAUUUAACAAACAUAGUUUGUUUUUUUGUUCUUUUUUAUUCUUCAGUGCUGAAAUGCUUAGAGGGAAUUUUUUAUUUCAUUCUUUUAGGUCAAAUUAUGAUUUUACAAUUGUAACCAUCAAGGAUUAUUGCCAGGGAUUAGUUUGAUGUUGGUUUCAAUGAGAUAAAAGAAUGGAUUUGCAGGUGUGUUGUAAAUAUCUUUGAACGUGCAUGUAAUCUUGUUGUCUACAUGGGUACAAAACAUAAUUUGUAUUGCUUGAGUGAGGUGACGACAUGUACUAUUGUUGUCUGCAGAGGUGAGGUCUUGUAUUGCUUGAGUGAUUUAAUAAUUAUGUGGUGGAUGAUAGUAAUUAAACUUUAAAGAUAACGAUUGCACAUGUUCAUCCAUUUUAACAAGUUGAAGCUUCCCACAGUACAUACUUUUUUUUUUAUAAUAGUCGUCAUUGUUUCCAUGAAAUGCACUAUUUUUUUCCACAGGCAAUAGACAAUGUUCCACUUUGAUAAUUUUGUGUGAUGUAUCAAGUACAUUAUUCAAAUUAUGUUAAUGUAACUUCAUUAUCGUUUGCCAAGUAAUGCUGUGUGAGACAUUGAUAAUACUAUCACUAGAGCGAAUCUUGUCGGAUGUUUUUUGAUUUUUUAUAUUUUAAAUUAAAUAGAAGACAUAGAGAUGUAGUUCUAUAUUGCAAUUUCGUUGUCUUUGUGCACUGUUAUGCUAAUUUAUUAACUAGAAGAUAUGACCUGAUCUUACCGGGAUAAUAAUAAAAGUUAUUUUGCAUACUUUCUACCUGCUAUUGCGAAGUCUCAACAUCUGGCAGUCAAAUAUUUACGUAACAUAUAUAACCGUUUUGGGUUUGAAGUUUUGUAAAAACCCUUUUAAAAACAAAAAUGGGAAAAUUGAUAUAUUUUUAUCAGAUUUAUAUACUGAUUUGAUUUCCAUAAAAUAAUACAAAAUUACCACGGUAUCACUGUUUUUAAGAAUCCUGGCCAUUGUUCUAGUUAUUUUAUCAUUUGUUAAAAAGGAAAAUAAAUCUGCAUUCUCUCCCUUU